UUCGUCUAUUUGCUUACUUUUUAUACUACGAAUUCCCGGUUUUAUCAGUUACGCUUCAAUAUAAAAGCAACCGGGUUAUCAUCGGACAACCAUCACCGACAAUACACCCAAUCUUCCAGCUUUUUCUGUUCAAUGGACUCCGACUACAUCAACUUAGGCGCACCUGCGGCCGCGUGGAACCCAGCAUCACAGAAUCAGCAGCAGACUACUGCGCCCGAACCUGCUGGCCCGCGUUGUGUCGACGGCGGUCAAGCCGAAUCUACCAACUCAGCCGACGUGAUACAGCAGCCGAAUUUCGAUCAGUCCGCCUACGUUCCAAGCGCGCCGGAUGCAAGUUUCGAGAAGCAGCAGCCUCAGGAGCAAGCAUGUGGUAAAGAAGACAAGGGAAGCGUGAGCAACGACAAGCUUGCAGUACCAGAAGGAGCAGAUCUCUCAGUGCGUGACAAUGACUUGUUUGCCAUCAUGCGUGUUGGAUAUGGUCCGCUUCGUCUCGUUCACUUUGGACCUUUCUCCAGAGUCUACUUUGUGCGUCACAAAAAGAAUCCGGCACAUGAGUGUAUGGUGAAAGUUGAAGCUCCCAAUGAAAAGAAGAGGACUUUGGGCAUUGAGGCUCGCGUUUAUCUUGACUGCAAAGGCGUUUGUGGCUUCGCGGAACUCUACGACCGUUUCCAGACGUCCGACGGCAGCCGUGUUCUUGUGAUCCAGCGUCUAGGCACCGACUUAAACCGAAUUAGACUCUCGCUACCCAAUCAGAUCCUGACUCAAGCUGAUGCACUCAAACUUUGCCUGGAAACUUUUGCGCGCAUAUGGUCACUCCAUGAUCGAAAUUGGAUGCACCGGGACAUUAAACCGAGUAAUUUCGUCGUUGGACUGCCUCAAUCGGAGAUGGAUGACCAAGUCUUCAUUAUAGACUUUGGAUUGGCUCGGCAGCGUCGGGAAAAGUCACGUCCAACCGGAGCGUGUCCAAUAUUGGGCACAGAUGCCUACAGGCCGAUUUCGAAUUACAGCCGUGUGGAGUACCAGCCGAAGGACGAUAUCGAAUCCUGGUUCUAUAUGUGCCACGAAUUCUUUAAUGGUGAUUUGCCUUGGGACAAACUUCCUCACAGCUCUACUCUCGACUGCAAGAUCCACUGCCGCAAAUUGGGACGUGAUCUGCUGCUGUCUAAUAUGCCUGACACGUUUGACGAGAUCUUAAAGUCCAUCGACUCCUCCAAGACAAAAGUCGACUACUUCCAAAUUUCGACUCUUCUGAAGGCUGCCCUUGCAAAUCUGAGUCAGGAACAGUUGGCCGAGCCGUUCAGUUGGAAGAAGGAUCCUACAAUUGUGCACCGUGCUAUCGAAAUUGAGCAACCAAGAGUCAUCCCUGGCAUUUGA